AUGUCACAAGUUCAAAUUCAGAAUCCUUCUGCUGCCCUUGCAGGGAGCCAAAUACUGAAUAAAAACCCCUCUCUUUCACAGCCUUUGAGUAUUCCUUCUACUACUAGUUCUUUGCCCUCUGAAAAUGCAGGUAGACCUAUCCAAAACUCUGCUUUACCCUCUGCAUCAGUUACAUCCACCAAUGCAGCUGCAGCUCCUUCAAACAUGGCAAACCCCAAAGAGAAAACCCCGAUGUGUCUUGUGAAUGAGUUAGCCCGUUUCAACAAGAUUCAGCCUGAGUAUAAGCUGUUGAGUGAGCAAGGUCCAGCUCAUUCUAAGGUGUUUACAGUGCAGCUGACUCUUGGGGACCAGCACUGGGAAGCUGAAGGAACUAGUAUUAAAAAAGCGCAACACGCGGCAGCUGCCAAAGCUUUGGAAGGGACAAAAUUCCCUAAGCCUACAGCUCGUCCAGCUCGGAGUGAAGGCAAGAAUCCAGACAGUGUAACCCCCACAGUGGAGUUAAAUGCACUUUGCAUGAAGCUGGGGAAGAAACCUAUGUACAAACCCAUCGAUCCUUAUACAGGGAUGAGAUCCACUUACAACUACACUAUGAGAGGUGGCACUUACCCUCCACGGUACUUUUACCCAUUUCCUGUUGGGCCCUUACUUUAUCAAGUUGAGCUUUCAAUUGGAGGGCAGCAGUUUCAUGGGAAAGGAAGAACAAGACAGGCUGCUAAGCAUGAUGCAGCUGCUAAAGCACUGAAAGUUCUGCAGAAUGAGCCCUUGCCUGAGAAACCAGAGGUUAACGGAAAAGAACCAGAUGAUGAAAAUCUCAAUAAAUCUGAAAUAAGCCAAGUUUUUGAGAUUGCACUUAAAAGGAACUUGCCUGUGAAUUUUGAGGUGACCAAGGAAAGUGGUCCUCCCCAUAUGAAGAGCUUCGUUACCAAGGUGUCAGUUGGAGAAUUCAUGGGUGAAGGUGAAGGAAAGAGCAAGAAGAUCUCAAAGAAAAAUGCUGCAAUAGCAGUCCUAGAAGAACUGAAAAAAUUACCACCCCUUCCUACGGUUGAGAAAAUGAAGCCACGAAUCAAAAAGAAAACAAAAUCAAUAGUGAAGCUGCAAACAAGUCCAGAAUAUGGUCAAGGAAUGAAUCCCAUUAGCAGACUUGCCCAGAUCCAACAGGCCAAGAAAGAGAAGGAACCAGAGUACAUGCUCAUCACAGAACGUGGUCUUCCAAGGCGCAGGGAGUUCGUUAUGCAGGUGAAAGUUGGUGUACACACAGCUGAAGGAAUGGGCACAAACAAAAAAGUUGCUAAACGCAAUGCAGCUGAAAAUAUGUUGGAACUUUUAGGUUUCAAAGUCCCUCAGCCUCAACCUCCAAAGCCAGCAUUAAAGACAGAAGAGAAGACACCAUUGAAGAAAGCAGGUGAUGGAAGAAAAGUAACCUUCUUUGAGCCAGGCUCUGAAGAGACUUCAACUAGUAAUAAAGAUGAUGAGUUUAGGAUGCCUUAUCUCAGCCAUCAGCAGCUUCCUGCUGGAAUUCUUCCCAUGGUCCCUGAGGUUGCACAAGCUGUAGGAGCUAAUCAAGGACACCACACCAAAGAGUUCAGCAGGGCAGCCCCAAAUCCUGCCAAGGCUACAGUAACAGCAAUGAUUGCUAGAGAGCUAUUGUAUGGUGGUACUUCUCCUACUGCUGAGACCAUAUUAAAGAACAACAACUCGUCAGGCCACGUACCCCACGGACCACUCACUAGGGCCUCUGAGCAGCUGGACUAUCUUUCCAGUGUUCAGGGAAUCCAGGUUGAAUAUAAAGACUUUCCAAAAAAUAACAAGAAUGAGUUUGUAUCUCUCAUAAACUGUUCCUCUCAGCCACCACUGAUCAGCCACGGCAUUGGAAAGGAUGUAGAAUCUUGCCAUGAUAUGGCUGCAUUGAAUAUUUUAAAGUUGCUGUCUGAGUUGGACCAACAAACCACAGAGAUGCCAAGAACAGGAAAUGGACCAAUGUCUGUAAGCAUCUUAUUAAUGGAAAUAGUGUUUUAUCUCCUAAGUAACAGGUGUUUUCUCAUUUGUAGAUGUGUGAAACAAGAAAUGGAAAGUGACCCUCUUCUCAAACCGGCUAACUCAAACACUUUGGGACAAACACUGGACAGCACUGCCUAAAAAAAGGCUUUUGACUGGACCCAAACCUGAAAGCACCAGAGAAAAUCAAAUGCUUCCUCUUAAUGUAACCUAACUGUUUUAGAGUGCUACAGUCUUUACAACCUACUGUAGUGUCUAAAUCAUAACCGUUGCUUUUUCUUCAACCAGUGAUAAAUUUUUAGUUCCAUUCUGUUGUUUUGAU